UAAAUUCUAACGAUACUCCUGAACAGAUAGUUUCACGAUAUGAUGAUACCCCAGUAUCUGAUAUAUCUGAUAAUGCUUCAAAUUCUAAUGAAUCGAAUAAUGUUCUGGCAUCAGAUAUAUCCGACGACACUUCAAAUUCUGGUAAUACACCCGAUCUCUCGUCUGAACAUAUCCUAGCACAAUCUAAAUUACCAGAAGAUAUUAUCAAUAAUGAUACAGCCGAGAUCCUUAAUUUUGUAGAAACAAAAUAUAAAGAACAUGUUAGUGAAGAGAUAAUGGAGAGAAUUAGGGAAAAGAAACUUUGGGAUCAAAACUUAUCUUCAGACAUUUCUUCAUCAGAAGAGGUGGUACCUGAAAUUUCAGCCGGGCCCCCCCCACCAAAAUACUCAUAG